GGCCACCAGGAGAAGGGCAAAGGAAACAAGGGGAAGGUGUACGGAGACGACAGCAGCACCAGGCCGGAGGGCCAGGACCAGGGAAAGGGAAAGGGAAAGGCAAAGGGAAAGGAGAAGGGGAAGGCGCACCUCGACGGUGUCAGCACCAGUCCAGACGAGUCCAGGAAGGGCCAGGAAAAGGGAAAGGGGAAGGCACACCGAGACGAUGGCAGCACCAGGCCAGACGAGUCCAGCAAGGGCCAGGAAAAGGGAAAGGGGAAGGGGAAGGAGAAGGGGAAGGCACACCGAGACGAUGGCAGCACCAGGCCAGACGAGUGCAGCAAGGGCCAGGAAAAGGGAAAGGUGAAGGGGAAGGAGAAGGGGAAGGCACACCUCGACGAUGGCAGCACCAGGCCAGACGAGUCCAGCAAGGGGAAGGAGAAGGGGAAGGCACACCAAGACGAUGGCAGCGCCAGGCCAGACGAUUCCAGCAAGGGCCAGGAAAAGGGAAAGGGGAAGGGGAAGGAGAAGGGGAAGGCACGCCGAGACGACAGCAGCGCCAGGCCAGAUGAGUGCAGCAAGGGCAUGGAGAAGGGCAAGAACAACCAGAAAGGAAAGGCCAAAGGCAAGGGCAGCAAAGGAAAUCCAGAGCACGCAAGCAACAAUGGCCAGGCGGCACCAACCAAUUCCCCAGCCCCAACGUCUGCAGUGGAGACCCCCGAACCAGCAAAGAGAAAGCAGCCAGCUUUCACGCCGACCCCACCCACCGCUGUGAAGAAGCCCUGCCGGCAGCUAUCCUUCGAAGACCGUGUUUCAGGCAUGGAUCGUGCAAACCAUAUAUACAAAAAAAACAUGUCUGCAAACAUAAAGAUUGCAUGCCUGACUGCAGUCCAUUCGACGACGUCGGGUUCAGAUCACGACGACAGGAAGCUCCUUGGCUCAAAAAACUGUCAUCGUGACAAAUGCAUGCACACCUUCCCCUAUAUAAACCCUAUAAACUCCCUCAAACCCUAA